UUUCCUGUGACAGUUUGACUGCUGCUGCACCUUCACUCGCGCAGGUUGAUAUUUUGAAGCAUGAGCAGCACGGUGGGGCUCGUGUUGCUGUGGGUCUGGAUCACCCUGGACUCUGGGGCGUCUUCAGUCUCGCUGCCAGAAACAACCGACAGCAAGUUCAUUGGCGAAUGUGUGAGGGAGCACAACAAGGCACGGUCGUCUGUCCGCCCACCUGCAAGUAACAUGCUGUACAUGACCUGGGACGAGGGCCUAUCCCUCAUUGCAAAAGCAUGGGCAGAGCACUGCGUGUUUCGACACAACCCCAAACUCGAAGAUGACCCCAGUGUGCACCCCAACUUCUCCUCUGUGGGGGAGAACAUAUGGACAGGCUCACCCUCCUUAUUUGAUGUGAAGAGAGCACUAAAGAAAUGGGUGGAUGAAAAGGAUCACUACAACUACCAGGGGAACAAAUGCAGUUUAGUCUGUGGCCACUAUACACAGGUUGUGUGGGGAAGCAGCUACAAGGUUGGUUGUGCCGCACAUCUGUGCCCAGGUGGUGUCGCUCACUUUACUCCCAGGGAGGGUGUUGUUUUUGUCUGCAACUAUGCUACAGCGGGUAACAUGAACUCAGCGCGACCAUAUGAAUCUGGAGGUGCAGCCUGCUCUGGAUGUACAGGCUCCUGUGUGGACCGUCUCUGCCGCUACAACUGGAGCCCAGUGGGAGCCCAUGACUACGUGAAUAUUCUGAUUGUCCGGCCCAUCGGUCUCCUCUUCACCUUCAUCACAGCAUAUGCUCUCCGCUACCGCUACCCUGACGUCUUCUGCUAUGAGUAGUUUCCCCCCCGUUUCCACUUGAACAACAUGGACAUCAGAGUCAGACAGUGUUAAGAUGAUGUGAAUUGAAUUAAACCCUUUGGUCUAUAGAUUGAUUUUAAGCCCAGAGUUGCACAUAAACUAUCAAAAAGUACAUAAACAUGUACUUUUUUUCCUGACUUAGGGCAGUCUUGAGAAAUCCCAUUCAAGAGGACAUGUUUGAGGCCACCGUGACCGUUUGACCUUUGACCACUAAAAUCAAAUCAGUGCAUCUUUGAGUCAGCAUGUAUGUUUUAUAGUGAAUGUCUGUACGUACUGUAUGUAGAUGGUAAAAACAUGCCUACUUAUCUUACCCAAUCCCCACUACUCCCUCUCCCCUAUCUACCCCCCCAGUCACACCCCUUUACCCUCCCACCCCCGACCUUCCUUGUGAAUAUGUAGUGCACAUAAUAUUGUGUAAGUAAAUAUAGUUCAUGAAAUGUCUGUGAUUCCAGAUAAUUAGUGAUAAAAAGUUACUCCUUCCGGUGAUAAAAUUUGUGUUACUGCUCUGGGUCGGUGCACUUCUCUCUCACAACUGAGCGAAUCAAAAAUAAACCACGUCUCCUCCAACC